AUGGGCGCUCACCUUGCCGCCGACCCACCUCAUCGACGCCCUCCACCACCUCUGCCAAAUCGACCUGCCGAGCCUGCUAGCGACGAUCUAUGGGAAAAGUCUCGAAACAAGGGUUGCACACUCUCUUGGGCGAUGCAAGCGAACGAUGCCGACGUAGGACCUGCGUACACCCCUCACCGCGACAACGCCAGAAGCCCCUUUCGCAGUUUCAGUGACCUCCAGACUUGGGGGUGGAAUCCUUUCCCCCCAGAUGAAGUUGAUGAGAGUUUUCAUAACUUUUACUCGGCUUGGGGCAUUGGUGAAGCACUCGUCAGUCUUGGGGUAUCAGAGUACUCCGAUAUAUACAAGGGUGGGAAGAACAGACUGAUCUGUAUCGACCAUCGAAGCUACGAUCCAGAUGCUGGCCCCGUUGAUGAACAGCGGUACGAUGCUAAUGGCAAGGUGUAUCGAGCGACGGGGGCUUCAUACGCGUUCACUAUCAACCCUAAAGAAGGAGUCAUUAUGGCUCUGAACAGGCUUUCACCAAAUUAUGCUGCCACAGAUCGCAACCCACACGUCCCUGUCGAUCAGCUACCUGCACUCAAUCAGUUCUCGGACGUCGCUUGGAUUGGCUGGGAUGCAGUGACCCGGGAAGAGGGCGAGGACAUCAAAGGCCUGCGAUACUUUCUGGCUGUGGGUAUUGUCAACCCUUUCACCAAACGUGUCAUUCGUCGGGCGAUGGACACAAAGGGCUGGGAACUGAGUCCAUGGCCUGGCCACACGUUUGAACGACAGUGGUUUGAGACACGGGCUAUCAUAGGCACUCCAAAUGUGCAGGGCUUUGCAUACAUGCUUAUCCAGCACAAAGAUGUAUUGGGAAACAUGUUCAUUGAUAAAGUGCAAGUGUUCAGGGCUAACACUGCAUCACGCAAUCCGUGCAUUGUUCUACAUCUUGCGAAGCCUCGGGCUCUGGAACAGCGUGAAGUUGCUAAAACAAGGAUAGUCGAGAGGGUGAAGGUGGUCGAGGUGCGCGCGAAACUGUGA